AUGUAUUACGUUGUAAAAUUCGAUGAUUCUUGCUCAAUUGGAACAAUAAAAAAGGACUGGAUGAUAGAUGAUAAUCGUUGCAUUUUUCCUUCUACAAAAAAUGUAAAGAAAUAUUUGAAGAUGAAAAGUACUGAAGCAAACAAAGGCAACUGGAAAAUCUAUAAGUGCACAUUAAAAUAUCCAAAAAAAAAUGGAGAGCAAGGUAUUCAGGAGCUAGAUGAUGCAAUAUUUAAGGAGACAUUUUAUGUUGAAAAUUCAGAUACUGAUGAUCAUGAGGCAAAGGCUAAAUUAAAAAAAUACCUGCAUAAGCAUCCACUUGCAAAAUAUGAUGAUCAAUUGGAUCUUAAUCACUUAAUAACAGAAGAAAUGACUGAAACAAAAAUUUCAGAAAUGCACGCAACGUCUUUUGUUGAUUCUAUGAGCGGAAUAGAAGAUAGUAUGGGUAGCCAAGUGUUCAACAUGGAAAUUUCAAAUCCUGGCUCAUCCUUUUCAAUUGUGUAUGAUGCUGAUGAAUUAAAUAAUGCACCAGCGGAUGAGAAUGAAAAUGAUAAACCAUCCAAACAGUUCGUCACUCAAGGAGUUCAGCAAGACACACUAACAGUAAUGUGUAAUUUCUUAAAUCAGAUUAGUGUGCAAAACGAAACAAUUUUGUCACAGAAUGAGGUCAUAAUAAGAGAACAAGUCUCACUUUCAGCAAAAUUGGCAGUAAUUGAGAAGCAACUUGAGCAUUUGGAAGUAAAUACUCGAAGUGAUAUCGAUAUCACCGGUUUUUCAAUCAAACAAAUUGAAAAUAUUAACGAUUUUCAAGCCUUUCUUAAAAAGCUUGACGAGGAAAAAGUUUUUAAAGCAAAAUGUGUUUUUUGGCUUUUUAAGAACUGUCCAAAAGGUACUUCAUUGCAUGCUUAUAACGGAGUAAUAAAAAGAGUAAUUCAAAAACUAUUCAGUAUUGAUUUUAUUGAUAUUUGCGGAUGGGGAUCAGAAAAAUCGUCAAAGGAUGACUCGAACGUGGGUAAAAGUAAGAGAAUAAUUUUGUCGGAAUAUGCAACAUUUAAGCAAUUGCUUUUUGACGUGCUCAAUUAUAAAAAUUUACAUGGUGAAUUCACGCCAGAUGAAGUUGCCAAGGGAGUUAAAGAAAAAUUUAAGCGGUAUCAAAGAAUGAAGGCUCAAAAUUCAGUUGCUAAUGACAAAAAAUCACCAAUUGAUAAGGCUAAAAAUCAACAGCUCAAUCAUGUAUCAGCAUAA